AUGGGAAAUAAUUCAAGUUGCUCAAAAUGUCUUAAAAAACUAGAUAAGUUUUAGAGAGGGGGUCAUGUAUGUAUCAUUUGCAAUAGACCUCAUUGCACUAAUUGUUCAAAUAGAGAGGCAUUAAAGACAUCUGAUGGAAAGAAGAAGUAAAGAAAGAGAAUAUGCCAUGCAUGUGUCAUUACUUUCGAAUAAAAUGGUAAAGAAUUUGUGAUUAAAAGACAGAGAUCCUAGGAUUUUAGUGAAUUAGAUAAGCAAAAUAAUAGUCUUACUGAAUCAAGCUGGAAAAAUACAAAAUUAAAAAAAAAGAGUUAAAUGUAUGGUAAAGAUUAAUUAUCGCAAUCAAUGGUAUUAGUCGGAUUAGAGAAAGGAAAAACAGUGAUUGAUGAGUUACGCAUAAGUAAACCAAAAGGAGUUGAGUAAUUAGUCUCAAUUUCCUAUAAUGAUAAUACAUCGCAAUACGAAGGUCUACCCACUGAAUGGAGGGAGCUAAUGGGAAUAUAGCCAUAAUAAAAAGAGGUUAAAAAGAUAGAUUCCUAGUUGCACAUCAGAAGAGGAACAUUCACUCCUUUAAGAGGCUUAACUAAUGUGAAAAAGCCUAAAUUUGUAUAUAAUGUUGAGGCUACUGAAGGAUUAGGGCAGUAUAAGGUGACCAUGAAGGGUUUCAAGAGACCUACAAUCAAGCAACAAUCAGAUGAGGAAAGUAAAUUAACUUCAUCGAGCUCUGAGGUAUCUACUUAAUCCCCAAUGGAUAAAGUUUACUUUGUAAAUGUUGAUAAUAAUGCCGAUUCAGGUUUUAAUGGUUUGCCCCAAGAGUUAGAAGAUUAAUUAAUGAGUAUGAAUUUUGAAAGAUAACUUAUUCAGUAAAACCCUGAACAAGUUUUGUAAGUACUAUAGUUUUAAAAUCAAAGAUAUUUGGAGAAAGAGGAAUAGGAAAUCCCUCUUCCUCGAAACCUUGAGGUUGCAAGGUUAAUGAGGAAUUAAAGUUUAUUUAAACAGGAUAAUCCUGCUGAGUACUAUGAUAUCAUUGCUUAGAUAGGUGUUGGUGCCUAUGGAAAAAUCUUUGAAGUGUCUUGA